AUGGCCCCGAAAGAGGACAUGCUGCCCCCGGGCUGGGAGGAUCUAGACAGGCAGAUGGGCCAGCUCUUUAUGAUGGGCUUCGAUGGUACCUCAGUCAGCCCAGAGAUUCGCUCGCUCAUCGAGGAUUAUCACCUAGGAUCCAUUCUCCUGUCCGCUAAGAAUCUUAAAUCCGCCGAGGAAGCAACUCAGCUGGUCCUUAAGCUGCAAACCAUUGCGCGUAAUGCUGGUCAUCCCGUGCCAUUGUUGAUCGCCUUGGAUCAAGAAAAUGGCGGGGUAAACAGCCUUUAUGAUGAAAUAUAUGUGCGUCAAUUCCCAAGCGCCAUGGGCAUGGCUGCGACAGGAUCAAAAGCAUUGGCCCACGAGGUCGCAGUGGCUACCGCCCAGGAGCUCAAAGCUGUUGGCGUCAAUUGGAUCUUAGGCCCGGUCUUGGAUGUCUUGACCAACGUGCGGAAUCAACCACUCGGCGUGCGUACCAGCGGAGAUGAUCCCCAAGAGGCCUCUCAGUAUGGAGUCCAGUUUAUGAAGGGGUAUCAAGAAGCAGGGCUGGCCACCUGCGGCAAGCACUUUCCUUCUUAUGGUAACCUGGAGUUUCUGGGCUCCCAUGCAGACGUUCCAAUAAUCACAGAAUCCUUGGAGCAACUCAGCUUGAGUGCGCUGGUGCCCUUUCGCAAUGCCAUCAUGCAGGGUCUUGAUGCUAUGAUGGUGGGCGGGGUGUCCUUGUCAUCGGCGGGAAUGAAUGUCAUGCACGCUUGCCUAAGCGAUCAAGUGGUGGAUGAACUCUUGCGGAAAGAUCUCAAGUUCAAAGGGGUUGUUGUAUCAGAAUGUCUAGAGAUGGAGGCUCUGACUCAUAACAUCGGCGUCGGAGGUGGCACGGUGAUGGCCAAAAAUGCCGGUUGCGACGUCAUCCUGCUAUGCCGGUCUUUCCCAGUGCAGCAAGAAGCAAUUAACGGAUUGAAAUUGGGCGUGGAAAAUGGCAUUAUUGGCCGUACUCGGAUUAGGCAGUCAUUAAAUCGCGUGCUGGAUCUGAAAUCACGCUGCACUUCAUGGGAACAGGCGCUAAAUCCUCCCGGUCUCCUCUCCCUCACGCAGAUGCAACCCUCUCAUACCAACCUCUCAACAAGGGCCUAUAACAACUCGAUCACGGUCAUGCGCGACAAAAAGAACUUGGUCCCUCUUUCCAACGUUAUCGAUGCUAAAGAAGAGCUUUUGCUCCUGACGCCUCUAGUGAGGCCACUUGCAGCAUCGGCGGUGACCCUGUCAACAAAUGAAUCCAUGCAUGGGUCUCUUGACCCGGCGGCAGCAUUGGAUCGAACUGCCUCGGUGGUAAGUGGAGAAAGUGUCUUUAAAGAGCUGGGAAGAUCCCUUUCUCGGCAAAGGAAUGGCCGGGUGCUGCAUACCUCCUAUACGGCCCAUGGUGUACGUCCGAUUCACGAAGAUCUCAUUAAACGAGCUAGCGCCGUGAUUGUCGUUACGGCGGAUGCCAAUCGCAAUCUAUAUCAACAAGCCUUCUCGAAGCACAUCUCAUUGCUCUGUCAGUCCCAGUACUCUCUGACCGGCGAACGCCUGGAAAAGCCAUUGGUGGUGGUCGCUGUCAGUUCACCAUACGAUUUCGUCACGGAUUCUUCCAUAGGGACUUACAUAUGCACAUAUGAUUUUACCGAGACUGCGUUGCAAACUUUGGUAAAGGUUCUUUAUGGCGAACUGACACCAACCGGACGUCUACCAGGCUCGAUCAGCCGGAGCCAGAAAAUUCACCAGUCCCGUCAGCAUUGGCUGGUAGAGAAUUGGAAUGAGGAUCGAGAUGCCCUUGCCCUCGAUGUGCUGUUAGACACCGUCCGGGAGGAUUGUGUACAGGGCCAGCAGUCAGAGCUUUCCGGUGCCACGUCCAAUAGCUUCCUUCUCCGGAAAGCGGACGUUGAUGAAGCCCACUUUGUGGUUCGCAAUAGCAGCACACAAGCAUUGUAUGGAUUCUGUGCAACCUACUUCUUCCGGUCCAGUGGUACAGGGGUCAUUGGAUGCCUAAUUGUCGAUCCCUCGCGACGAAAGCUGUCCAUCGGACAUUCUCUUCAUAGCCGGGCGAUCCGCACGCUUCUUCAGCGAAAAGGAAUGAAGAAAUUCCAGCUUGGAUCACGACUCCCAGGGAUCUACCUGGGCAUUCCCACCAUGAGCUCUGUUGAGCGCAAGCGGCUGCGACAAUGGUUUGCCAACCUUGGAUGGAACACGGCGCUCUCCCGCCCGGUCUGCAGUGUAGUGCUGCGCAACUUGGGCACGUGGACCCCACCGGACGGACUAACGGCGGCGCUGAAAAAUGCCGCGGUAAGCUACGACUUAGUCUACGGGUGGGACUAUGCGCAUGAGAUUCUCGAGCAUAUCAAAACGAAUGCGCGGCAAGGGGUGACGGACAUCUACCGUAUCGCGCUCGGGGGCGCCCCUCACUGCGGCAUCAUCCGAGCCAAGCGCCCGGCCGAUGAGUUGAUCCUAGGCAGCAUUGUGAUCUACAAUGAACGGUCGGCGUUGGCGGAACAUAUGCCGGCUUUACGCGCCACCCAGGGCCCGGUCGGGGGAAUCUCAUCGCCGGUCAUCUCGCCCUGUGCGGACGAUUAUUCGAUCAUAAUGCAAGGACUGAUCCUGCUGGCUAUUAAACAGAUCCAGAAACUGAGUGCGCAGGCAGUGGUGAUGGACUGUGUGGAUGGUGACGGCAACUUUGACUGCAUUUCAUCCUUGGGCUUUAGCAUGCUCCAUAGUUUCGAGGAAGUCAACUGUGAUGCGACGACUUGGACUAUGAUGCAUCCCUGA